CGCCGACGCGGCUGGAUGCCAAUCGAUAGGUUCGCUUUGAGUCAAAAUUCGCGUCCGAGCUCCUCCCAGCCUGCCAGCCAGCCGUACCUACACUCUCUCUCUCUCUCCGCUUUUCGCAAGCUUACCUUGGUUACCUUGCAAGCUCCUCAUCCUCCUGUGUGGCUUUUGCUUGUGGCCUCACACCACUCUCUCUUCCUCCUGCUCUUCCUAAUCUUCCUCCUCUCCCUCCUUCUUCAACCUCAAGGUAAUCAUCGUCCCCCCGACCUUCGUUAUUCUGCUCCCUUGCCAUCCCCCGCGCCCAAUUGCUACUUUUUGUUCCAUCCGCCCCUUUGCCCUUGCGCCAUGGCCACCGUCAAGGAACAGGUGGGCGAGGUGCUCCUGGGCACCUCCGAAGAGCCUCAAUUGUCACAGGUCAUGCGCCAAACCUUCCUGAGGCACGCGCAAAGACCGGACAACGGCGAGCCCUAUCUCGAGGAAAACGAGUUCAUUGAAGCUGUCGCGCCAGAGAGCGAAGAUUAUCACAAGAUCAAGCGCUACCAAUACGGCAUUCUCUUUGCCGUCGCCGACCGCGACAACAAAGGCCGUGUCAGCCUGCAGGACUGGGCCGUCUUCCAGAACCUCCUCGCAAAACCAGACGCCGAGUACGAAGUCAUCUUUCGCUUCUUCGACCGAAAUCGCACCGGCUAUAUUGACUUCGACAACUUCUUCGAGGUAUGGAAGGCUCACAAGGGUGAGGACAGCCUGCCCUUCAACUGGCUGUCCGAGUGGGCUACACUCUACAUUGGAGCCAAGGACAAGCGUCAUGUCAUGACAUACCCGCAGUUCGCCCAGAUGCUCCGGGGUCUCCAAGGAGAGCGUGUUCGCCAGGCCUUUAUACAUUUCGAUAAGAACAAGGACGGCUUCAUCGAGCCCGAGGAAUUCCAACGCAUCAUCCGCGAGACCGCCAGUCACAAGCUAUCCGACUAUCUCCUCGAAAACUUGCCCACCCUUUGCAACAUCUCCGCUGGGAGCAAAAUCUCCUAUGCUAACGUGCGAGCGUUCCAAAACAUGAUUCAGCAGAUGGACAUGGUCGAGCUCAUCAUCCGCAAUGCAGCCAACAAGAGCUCGGAUGGCAAAAUCACACGCACAGACUUCCUCAAUGAAGCAUCGCGAAUCAGUCGUUUCAAUCUGUAUACCCCCAUGGAGGCUGACAUUCUCUUUCAUUUCGCUGGGCUCGACGAACCGUCUGGCAGACUGGGUCUAAGGGACUUUGCUCGUGUCCUUGACCCCUCGUGGCAUACCGCGUAUUCCAUAGGGACCGGUGCUAUCGCUGAUGCCGGUCAGAAGGCCUUUGCGGGGACCAAGACAUUUUUCCACGACGUGCUCGAGUCGGUGCACCACUUUGCACUGGGUUCGAUUGCAGGAGCGUUUGGAGCGUUCAUGGUGUACCCCAUCGAUCUGGUGAAGACGCGCAUGCAAAACCAGAGGAGUUCAGCGGUCGGCCAGGUCCUCUACAAGAACUCACUCGAUUGCGCCAAAAAGGUGAUCAAGAAUGAAGGUUUCACCGGCUUGUACUCUGGUGUGCUGCCUCAGCUUGUUGGUGUGGCACCCGAAAAGGCUAUCAAGCUGACAGUGAACGAUCUGGUGCGAGGCAAAUUCACAGACAAGGCUACAGGAAACAUCUGGUGGCCAUGGGAGAUUUUCGCGGGCGGUAUGGCAGGUGGAUGUCAAGUGGUGUUUACCAACCCCCUGGAGAUAGUCAAGAUUAGAUUGCAAGUGCAGGGCGAGGUUGCAAAGACGGUGGAAGGUACCCCGAAACGGUCGGCCAUGUGGAUCGUCAAGAACCUGGGCCUCGUUGGGCUCUACAAGGGUGCCAGCGCGUGUCUGCUGCGCGACGUGCCCUUCUCGGCGAUUUAUUUCCCCACAUACAGCCAUCUCAAGAGGGAUUACUUUGGAGAGAGCCCGCAGAAAUCGCUAGGUGUGUUGCAAAUGCUGACGGCGGGUGCGAUUGCGGGUAUGCCCGCGGCUUAUCUCACGACACCGUGCGAUGUCAUCAAGACACGGCUGCAGGUGGAGGCUCGCAAGGGCGAGGCAAGCUAUACGGGGCUGCGACAUGCGGCGCAAACGAUAUACCAGCAGGAGGGAUUCAAGGCUUUCUUCAAGGGCGGGCCUGCACGAAUCAUGCGAUCGUCACCGCAAUUCGGAUUCACACUGGCGGGCUACGAGGUGCUUCAACGGACAUUCCCGAUGCCCGGGCAUGCGUCUGACGAGGGGACACAUGGACAUGUCGAACCCGGGGUGGGACUGGCCGAAGCCAAAGCGCCCCUUCCCUACUUGCGCAGCCGCAACGCGCUCAAGGUGAUUCUGGACCUGGACGAGAACUUUGGGCGACCGAGAUUACCAGAAGGAAAGAAAUGGACGGGGAUCCCAGGGUUCGGCGGCAAACCGCAAGCAUGAUGAAGCUGGGACGGGUUGAUUGAUAUUCUCUACGGCAUGGGGUGGCUACCAUGAUUGUGGACACGGGCACAUGCAGACGUACAUAUGUGGAGAGAAGGAGGAGAGAGAGAGAGAGAGAGAGAGAGAGAGAGAGAGAGAGAGAAAGACAGAGGACGUUGUUCAAAAGCGGGUGGGGCAGGUUUCGGCGUCCUGCUUGACCAUUAUCAUUUUUAUUUUCCCCCUCGAGGUCUUUGCUCCAUUCUGUCCGAAUGGCUCGCUUCC